AUGCCGCGACCUCCUCCCGCCGAGGUGAUGCUAGAUGAAGCAAUCGAGAACAUCUCGUCCAGCACUGUGACGACUCGGAAGCAGGGCCUGGCUGAUCUGAAGCGCAUUCUUCGACUUGACUCCAACGACUCUCGCAUACGAGACUUGCACGAGAAGACGAAACUUACGCUCUUCCAGUCUCUAUUCCAGGCCGCCAUCAAUGAUCAGUCCGCCUACGUCAAGGCAAAGACCCCGACGCUCAAGUCUACAACCGCCAACCGUCUGAGCGAUAUUGCCAGCGCCCUUCGACUGACAGCAGAGGUUUGCGUCAGGUCUUUGACCAUCAAGCUUGUCAAAGCAAUUAUCGAUCACAUCACCGAAUCGAUCUACCUGCAGGCGGGAGAUCUUUGCGAGCCGUUAGCACUGGACUAUGCCAAAACGCUUCGUGUCGUAUUGAGCUAUCAACCUCAUGUUGAACAUCUCACCAAAGAAUGGCAAGGCAUAGUUGUUGCCUGCAUCGGCUACCUACAGGACGCCAACUCCGUGGCAGCUGACCCCAAUGGACUGGACCAUGGCUCCACUGCUGGUACAAUCAAUGGCUCGAGCUACCUCUCCUCGAGAUCCAUCAACAGAGAAUCUGCGGGUUCGCAGGAGUCACGAUCGGUUCUCAGAGUGGUAGCCGAGGAGGCUGUCUCGUGUCUCCAGCUCCUUACUGCAGCUCCCAAUGCUCCGGUGAAGAAAAUGGCUCACGAGUUGAUGGCCGCUCUCAUUGAUUAUCUGAAGACCAGCAGCUACACUUCCAGGGCCCAUGUGGAAGCCUUCACUGCUGUCAAUCAUGUUCUGUCCUGGACGAGGAUCGAAGACGUCAAGCUGACACAGGAAGUCACGGUACAACUGAUGCGUUUAGUGCGGCAGCUGUGGUCUGGCAAAUCUCAUGCUUUAGAACAAAUGCUGAUCACGCUUCUCCUGUUGCGACCUUAUAUCUUGAAUGGCAUGUGCCAGGAAUCUGCGAUCUCUCUGCGCCCGGAACUUAUCGGUUUGAUCGACGCCAUACAGAACGAGUACCAGGAACGAGACGCCAAGAAACAAUUGGGGCUUGGGCAGUUGCGUUUGCAGUUCAGUGCCACCGACAGUCCAGCCAGUGACGAGAUCUGCACACCGCUGCUCACGCUACGUUGCGUAGAUGCAAAUGCCGAAUCAUACUGGUUGAUAAUUUACCUGCUGGCAUCCUUCUACAACGUCAUGAUAGGGACUACUCCACUCGAUGCUGAUCCGGACUACGAAACGAAUCACGAUUCCGAGGCGGAUCUUAACACCAGACCGAGAAAGCGGCGGCGACGAGAAGACAGCCUAGAAGCGCUAAUCGAGGAGGCAUCUCGAGGUUCGCCUUCGUCAAGGACUCGCGCUCUGCAAGUCUUAACAUUCUUGGCGCAGCAGAAGGCUUUCACGCCGUCUCAACUGCGGACAAUCAUCGGCAACAUCAGCAGUAGCUGCAGUGAAGAGGCUGGGACCGUAUCGUCGUGGGCGUUGCUGGCAAUGGCAGCGUGCGCCUCGCAAGCGGCAGCGACAGAUGACGCCUUGGGUCCUCACUGGCUAGCUGCCUGGCAAAUAGCAUCACGUUCGCUGAGCAACGCGUCAACAUGCCGCAGCGCUUCGUUCACGCUUUCUGUGAUGCUUCAGCUACGACUAGUGCCUAACGACAACAUCAUCGAGCUCAUACAGCUGCUUACUCUAACCAUGGACAUCAAUGGACCAACUUUGAUGGCGGACUCCGUUUCUUUGCUUUUAUCGCGCAGCCUGACCGCGGUCCAGCAUGUUCAGCCAGGGGCUUAUGCAAAAGCAGCCGAGAGCAUGGCACUCUGGCUGUCGCAGAACUUCAAUCCAGCCAAGUUUGACAACAAACCGUACGCCGCUAUUUCAUCAUCUUGGGACGCCUCCGACGUUGUGGCUCUGAUAGCUUCAUGCCUGCAUCAGCGCACACAUCAAACACAAGCGCCUGGAUUCAAGGUCUGGCACGCACCAGGCCGGGCGUGGCUGUUGUGCCAGAAACACAACGACCUAGUAGCCUAUCUCUUGUUGUCUUCUUCCAAAGAUACAAGCGUCACGAAUCCUUCGCUCACUGCAACCUCCCCGGGCCCUGUGGCGAUUUCAACACAGCUCGCUUAUGAAAAUGCAAUCCUGAAGUAUCUGACUGCCGAACUGAUUGGCGCAAAUAGCAAAUGGGCUGCGGGAAAUGCAAGCCGGUCGGGUUUCCAGCUGAGUCGCGAUCAGUCUGUCAUGCUUAUGAAGGUAUGCAUAGCUUUGUGCUGUGUAUCCUCCUGCCUGACUUUCAGAGAUUUACGCGGGCAACAGGAACUCAAGAAGGAAGCCUACACACUACUGGAGUCGCUCCAGGAUUACAUGAGUAAGGCUAGUCAGGACGAUACCAAGAUGCACGAUUGGCUCUCGACGUUGUCUACUGCAUUCUGCGGACUUGGUACGUGCGACUCAAACCACGAGUAUCAACCUCCAGCAUGUGAAAGAAUAGUGUGUCGUGCUCUCGUGGGGUCGACUCACAAGCAGCAGCACUCUAGCAGCCAUGAUUUCGACGACGAUGACAUGGACUUCGAAGACUCCUCAAACACCCAGGAUAGUCGACAAGGCAAGAUACUAGCCGGCGCCAUCGAACUUGCAAACGAUUACGACGGUACGUAUAGCGAGACAGCGAUGCGAUCAAACGUUGUCUUGUAUGCUACCGCCAUCAACGCGCAAGAUCAAAGUCCAUCUGCCACGGCGAUCUCAGCAGCGGUUGCGGACUUUUUACUUGCUCAACCUGACGUUUCGGUACUUUCAAGUCGAGUGGCGAUCACUCUGCUUCCUAAGAUUGGUGUGACGCUCAAUGCUGCAGACUCUGAACGACUCUUGGCUUACUUCAUGGACCAGUGGGCAAACUCAUAUCCUCACAGGCGGUCGGAGGUAGCACUUGGUACUAUGCUCGACGUGAUGUCGAGUCUCAUGACGGCAUGGACGGACCCCUCGAACAAGGCGCUGCAUGGUCUCGGCGUGGACAUUUACGAUUGGUUCACCAUGGCAGUAUCUGUCGGCUUCCUUUCAUCAAAUACGCAGGUCAAACUGGCUAGUCUACUGCUGGAACUUUGUCACACAGACUCGGAGUUUGGUCAAACUGACAACGCAACAUCUGUGAGAACAAAUCUAUUCAGCACGCUAAGCAAAGGGAGGAUCGCACUUCAGUGGUCACUUGCUGGGCGCAUUUCCACGAUCUUCGGCUUGUUCGUGUUGUCGACUCAUCCAGCCAUGUUCAAGGACCUUCGAGACAGCCUAUCGGAUGAUACGGAAUGGCUUGAAGGUAUAGCCAUGCGCCUGUUGUUCCUAUCCAAACUGGCAGCUGCCUGGCACACCCUGCGACGAGAGUGUGUAUAUGCAUUGUUCGAGACGGCAGGCUUGGUGCCACACGCGCUUGAGCAUACCGCUCACUGUCUGGGAGAGCUUGCUUCAAAACUACCAGCCAAGACACCACGCAAGCUCUUCACCAUGUUCGCGCCACAGCUACUACAUUCUUGGCUUGGCACUGAGCAUUCAAUCACGCAACUGCCAUUCGCUGCAUUCCAGUACACUUCGUUGACCGAUCUGCUCGUCUCGAACCAGACCGAGGCGUGUGCUCAGAUCUUGGUGCGCAAGUCCGAAGAGGGCAUGAACAUCAUGACAAAAGCGCUCAAACUGAUGCCUCCCGGCGUUAUCAAAGGAAACUUUGCGAAAUGCGCAGCGUAUGCUAUCAGCUAUGAUGUGCUGGAGCCAUCAAACGGACCGACCACGUCUGAGCACGACAAUCGCCUGAAAGAGAUAAUCAGCAAGGAAGACUAUAGGACGUACAUCUCGCAGCAGUUUCCAACGGUCCUGGGCUACUUGUACCUGCACAUGCAGCAAGACGACCCCAAUGACACUUGGCUAGUGAAGAGCGCUGAUUUUGGUCAAGCCGCCGCAGCACUGGCGGAAAUGAAGCAAUACAGCUAUUCCAAGCGUAUGCUGCCAGUACCCCAGCAGCCAUCGUUCAGAGCCAAGUUGCUUCCCAACCAGAUACAGAGAGUGUGCAAGAGGGUUGGCCUGCAGCCCACCGCUCCUUGGACAGCCUCCUCGUUGACACUGGCGAUCCGUAUGCUACUCGACAACAUAGAUGAGACCAUGGGUCCCUUACACUUUUGCAUCAUGAUACGGCGCUUGAGGAUACUGGUCUGCAUGGCGGGCGAGGUGGCGCUAGCGGAGUUCCCACUCGAAUUGCUGCUCCAUUCGCUGCGCCCCUUUGUCAGCGACAGCGAAUGUGCUGACGAUACCAUGGGCAUCCUUCAGUAUCUGAUGCAUCGCGGGCGCCACUACCUGGAGAAACAUGUGCGCCUACUCACAGGCACUACGAUGCUGCUAAUCCUGCAGAUGAGCAGGCACGCUCGCUCGAAGCAGAGUAGCACAACGCAAGAGACUCAACACGCGAACACCGUCCAGAAGAUGCAAGACUUCCAGCGAUGGCUGGUGAGGUUCCUGAGUGAGACCACAAAUGAGCCUGGUACUGUCGCUAUCGACACUGGGCUCACUACCGCGCUCGCGCAGCUGCAGCUCCCUGGCAACGCACGAGCUGGCAGCCCAGAAAACUUCAUUCUGCUCUUUAUCUUGAAGGGCUGGUCCUCAAGUACGUCGCAGCUGUCGGACACAGAUGCUAUUGAAGCCUUGAGAUUGCUAUCUGAGGGCUUCGCGCCUCCGCCGAUAGUUUCCGACGACUGUUUGGGCGUUGACCACGAAGCCGUAGCGUAUGCGCAGCAGCUUUGGGAGUGCACACAACGCCUGCCGGCGAACGAUCACUUUCGUGCGUGGGCGUCUGGAGUGCUUGGUCGAGCAUUCGCUUCCACAGGCACAGCACCGGUCGUGCGAAGACACGGAGAAGUCGCCAUUCGCGAAAAGGUCGACCUCAGCGUGGCACGGGGUACCGGCAUUUCGCAAGCAACGAUCGUGGAGCAUCUCAACAAUCUUCUUUUCUCAAAGAGUCGCCUCGAAGCUGGCUUAGCUGAUCAUACGUUGCGGUGUCUGUAUCAAUGCCCGACCGAUAACGGAGACAAUGGAGACGAAGCCGUGGCUCUCGACAACAUGCUGCCAAGCACGAUUCACGCCGUAGUUGCUAAUGGCGACUAUGGCUACGAGCCUGCGUCGGCUACCGCAAGUAUCAAAAUCGUCGUUGAUCAGAAGUUGCUUCGUCAUGUUCUUGGUCAAUGGCAGUCGGAAACUCUUGAAAGCUGGGCGAUAAACCUUGUCACCACCCUGAGCCACUGGGCAUUGGUCGUACCGAUUGUGUCUACUUUGACCUCAAUUGUUCAGAACGUCAACGGCCUUGCAAUAUCUCUGCUGCCGAGCAUAAUACACAUUCUGCUGGUGAAGGAGAGUGACACAGGGAUACUUCGCCAAGAGUUGUCUGCGACAAUUGCCGAAUGUCUCAGCGAAACCGCAGAAGCGAUGCAUUCCAAGCAACAAUUCUUUCUGCGAGUAUUGCUCUACCUGAAGAGCCAACCAUAUUUGAAUGAGACAACGAAGAUCGACCGCCUUCAGUGGCUUGAUAUCGACUGGUCGCUCGCAGCAAGUGCUGGCUCAAGAUGUAAUAUGCCCACAGGCGCUCUGCUCUUGGCCGAGUUCGCAGCGCCCGUGCCAGAUGCGAACAGACGAGCGUCCGCCCGACAUUCAGUUUCUUUACUUCCUCAGGCCAAAGUGUCGGAAGACUUGCUCAUAUCGCUCUAUCAGCAGCUCGAAGAACCAGAUUCAUUCUACGGAGUGCAACAGACAGCCUCACUGGACUCGGUGCUGAAUCGACUAGAUCACGAAGCAGAUGGGUUCCGAAGCUUGAUGUUUCGCUCUGCCCGAAUGGACAGCCACAUGCGGUCUUCACAUCGACUAGUCGAUAACGAUGCAAUCGGCAUGGCUCGGUCGCUAUCAGCCUUGAACUUCAACGGACUGGCGCUUGCGCUUCUGAAGAGUGGCGUGGGUGUGUCGGGCACUGCCUCAGACGACAUCCUGUCUGCAGCACGGACACUGCAGCAGUGGGACAUCACACCGCCUGAUACACUCAACAGCGAUUCCGCUACGACCUUUAAGGUCUUCCAGGCACUCAGCAGAGCUAGCGAUGCUCGACAGGCCGAUGGAAUAUUGAGGUCCGCAGUCGUUGACCAUGCUCAGUCUGGUUUCGCUGGUGGAUCCUCAAUGAUGCCACCCAAAUCGUGGUUUCAUGUAUUGGCCAUGCUUACAGAGUCGCACGAACUGAUCACUUCGGCGGACCAGACUGCCAUGGUUGCAAGGUGGCGUCUGAUUCAGGCGCGCCAGGACUGGAUGCAGAUGGCCCGUUACGAAGACGUCAAACCUCUUCUGUCGAACCGUCAGACGCUUUUCGGAAUGUUGUGCCAGAAUACAAUGUUACAGACCGCCCUUCAUUUGACGAAGAGGCAGUGCCAUGCUUUCGAAGCAGAGGCACUGCUCGAUGUAUCGAAGUUUGGUCGCGAGUAUUCCAAAAUCCAAGAUUCAAUUUCCGCCACCUCUGCCCUUGAUGGGAUGAUAGAGAAGUACACCGCUACGAAGCUUAGUGUCCAAGCCGUGGUCAAAUCUGAGACGGCAUCGGUGCUUUGGGACGCUGGCGAGACUUCUGCAUCUAUAAGAAUGCUCCGAGAUACUUUGACCAUGGCCGACAUGGAAAAGCAAGAUAUUGCCGUUGGCCGAGCAGGUCUGCUUGCGCAGCUUGGACACUGUCUGGCCGAAGCUCGGCUGGAGAAGCCAGAAGAUAUCAUGAGCAAUCACCUCAAGCCUGCGAUUGCUCACCUCAAAAGCAGGACAGAAGGAUCGGAGGCAGGUGACGUUUUCCAUGAGUUCGCCAAGUUCUGUGACCAAGAACUUCAGAGCCCGAGCAAUAGAGAGAAUCUCAGCCGAAUUACCAAGCUACGACAGGGCAAGCAGGAAGAAGUGGAUGCUAUCAAGCUAGCCAUUCGAAACGCAAAGCGAACAGGAGAAGACAGGACGACGCUUAACAGGUCACUGCGUGCGUCUCAGCAGUGGCUUGACAUUGACACGCACGAAGAGACGCGGUUGAGAAAUGACCGAGACAAGUACAUCCAGCAAAGUCUCCAGAACUAUCUUUUGGCACUUCACGCUUCGGACGAGCACGAUAUCUGUGUGCUGCGUUUCUUUGCCUUGUGGUUGGAGAAUGCCGAUGAUAAGGAAGCCAAUGGGGUCGUCUUGAAGUACCUGCCCGAUGUCGCCAGCUGGAAGUUGGUGCUCCUGAUGAACCAGCUCAUGUCGCGGCUGGAGAACGAGCCAUCGACGUUCCAGAAGGCCUUGCAGGCGCUCCUUCUGAGGAUAUUCACAGAGCACCCGCAUCACAGCCUGCAUCAUCUGUUCGCAGCGUCAUCGAUCAAGCCUGCAGCCACUGAUACAGCAAUGACCUCAAGAUUCGAAGCUGCAAGAGCGAUCAACAGCAUCAUGGAAACCAGGCCAGCGCAAAAGGCCCUCAAUGAUCGCAUCUUUCGCGCAGAUCGGUACUAUAAGGUAUUAUCCGAGCUGAAGCCAGAGCGAUCGGGCAAGUUCCGCGUGAAAGAUUACAAAGAAGCAUACAGAGUCACGACGACCGUACCGACCAUGCUCGUCCCCCCAGCGACCAUCUCCGUUACUCUCAGGCCAAGCGGUGAUUACAAGGAUCUGCCCAUCAUCACCCGCUUCGACUCAUACGGCUCUGUCCUAGGCGGUGUGAGCCAGCCGAAGAUGCUCACGGCCACUACCUCUGAUGGCAAGGAAUACAAGGAGAUCUACAAGAGUGGCGACGAUGAUCUCCGACAGGAUGCUAUCAUGGAGCAGGUCUUCGAAGAGGUCAGCAAGAUGCUGCGUAAUCACAAGGUGACUCGACAGCGCGAUCUGAAAGUUCGUACGUACAAAGUGGUCCCACUCACGACACGCUGCGGAGUGAUUGAGUUUGUGGCCAAUUCGACGCCAAUCAAUGACUACCUCAGAGCAGCGCAUAAGAGGUACUAUCCAUCAGACUAUACAGACCACAAAGCGCGAGAAAUCAUCAACUCGGUGGCGGGCAGCGGCAAUGACACGCGCGUCAAAGAGUUCCGCAAAAUCUGCGAUCAUAUGCAUCCUGUCAUGCGGCACUUUUUCUUUGAGAAGUUCGACGACCCCGACGAAUGGUUUGAGAAACGUACAGCGUACACGCGCACCACAGCCAGCAUAUCUAUCCUUGGCUACAUACUUGGUCUGGGCGACCGCCACUGCAGCAACAUUCUGCUGGACACGAAGACUGGAGAAUGUGUGCACAUUGAUCUCGGCGUCGCUUUUGAGGCGGGACGCGUCUUGCCAAUACCUGAGAUGGUACCCUUCCGUCUCACGCGGGACGUCGCGGAUGGUAUGGGCGUGACUGGCGUUGAAGGCGUCUUCCGCCGUUGCUGUGAAUUCACAAUGGACGCCGUCAGAGAGGACAAGGACAGCAUCAUGACACUGCUGAACGUUCUGAGAUACGAUCCGCUGUACAACUGGUCAGUGUCACCACUGCGAGCCAAACGCAUGCAGGAAGCACAAGAGACGGCGAGAAGAGGUGGGCUUGAGCAUGAGAAUACGUCCAAGAAGAGGGAGUCUGAGGCAGGAGAGGCAGACAGGGCGUUGGCCAUUGUGGAGAAGAAGUUGGAGAAGACGCUUAGUACGCCUGCUGCUGUCAAUGAGUUGAUACAGCAAGCGACUGAUGAGAAGAAUCUCGCGACGUUGUUCAACGGAUGGGCGGCAUUCUUUUAA